GGUUCUGCUUCCAAGGAGGAAUGACCGACGAGCGAUUCUUGCAGGAGGAGAUUUCUUUUGAGACAGAGGUAUCAUGGAGACUCGCUGAUCUUGUCUCCCCUGGUCCAGACUUCUUGUCAUGACGAGGAUCCUAUGUGUGGCCGAGAAGCCUGCCAUUGCCAAAGCCGUGGCCCAGCACUUGUCUGGAGGCGCAUUCCAAACAAACAAUAUAACCGGCAAUCGAUAUGUGAAGAACUAUUCGUUCGAUUUCAACUUUGGGAGCACAUGGGGCCAUUGCAAUGUCACCAUGACCAGCGUCCUCGGGCAUCUGACAGAAUUGGAGUUUGCGCGAGAGUACAAAAGCUGGCUCUCUUGCCCCCCCGGGGCCCUGUUCGAGGCUCCGGUUCAUGAAGCUGUAUCUUCCGACAAAACAGCUAUUGCAAGGAAUAUCCAGCAGCAAGCACGACAAAGCCAAGCUCUGUUCAUUUGGACGGAUUGCGAUCGAGAAGGUGAACAUAUUGGAACCGAGAUUCGAAAGCAAGCAAAGGAAGGAAAUGCUCGCAUCCUCGUUAAGCGGGCCAGGUUCAGCAAUACUGAGAGAGCCCACGUCUUGAAUGCUGCUCGCUCGCUGAUGGAGCUUGAUGAUCUUCAAGCGAAUGCAGUGGCCGCGAGAAUAGAGCUUGAUCUCCGCAUCGGUGCCGCUUUCACUCGUCUUCUGACUCUGCAGCUAAAGCCAUUAUCCAGUGCUUUGGAAGAUACCAUCGUAAGCUAUGGAUCUUGUCAAUUUCCCACCCUGGGCUUUGUAGUUGAUCGCUAUUUACGAGUGAAGAACUUCAAACCUGAGACAUUCUGGGGCAUCAAGGUCAUGUUACAACGAGAAGGAAUCAAAGUGAACUUCCUGUGGAAACGUGUGCAUCUGUUCGACAGAGCCGUCGUGACCAUCAUGCUUGAGCGGUGCCUUCUCGCCAAAUUGGCCAGGGUCACCAAAGUCAAUCAGAAACCCACCAGUAAAUGGCGGCCCUUGCCGUUGACGACAGUCGAUUUGCAAAUGAUGGGCAGUCGCUUCCUUCGCAUGGACAGUCAGACAAUCAUGAAGGUUGCCGAAGCGCUCUAUACGAAGGGUUUCAUCAGCUACCCACGUACCGAAACCGACCAAUUCGACAAGGCCAUCGAUUUAAAGAAGCUGGUCGAGAAGCAAUUCCCAGACCAGAACUGGGGCCAAUACGCUCGAGAUCUCCUGGACGGCGGCUUCCGGACCCCACGAGCCGGCCGCCAUAAUGACCAAGCCCACCCUCCCAUCCACCCCGUCUGCUGGGUCUCCCCAUCCGCCCUCAGCGCCGACGAGAAAAAAGUGUACGAGUUCGUCGUGCGCCGCUUUCUCGCGUGCUGCUCCGAAGAUGCCAAAGGUCAGUCCACGGAGAUCGAAAUCGAAUACGGCAACGAGAUGUUCCACGCCAAGGGCCUGCUCGUCCUCGAACGGAACUACCUGGACGUCUACGUCUACGACAAGUGGGAGAGCAGCCAGCAGCUGCCGAACUUCCAGCUGGGCGAGCAGUUCGAGCCGACGGAGGCCAAGAUCUUCGACGGCAAGACCACGGCCCCGAACUAUCUGACGGAGCCCGAGCUCAUCGCGCUGAUGGACGCCAACGGCAUCGGCACCGACGCCACGAUGGCCGAGCACAUCGCCAAGAUCAAGGACCGGCACUACGUCGCCGUCAACACGCGCGGCGGCGGCCGCAACGCCGUCAAGGAGCUGAUCCCCACGCAGCUGGGCAUCGCCCUGGUCGAGGGCUACGACAACGUCUUCGCGGGGAUGCCGAAUAAUCCGUCCCUGAGUAAGCCAUUCCUCCGGAAGGAGAUGGAAACCCGCAUGCGGGAGAUCUGCGCGGGAUCGCGGGUGCGGCAGGAGGUCGUGCAGGAGAGUCUGGAUAUGUACCGCGAGUACUUUGUGCAUACCAACCGGCGCAUCAGUGCGCUCAAGGAUGCCAUUCGCAAGUACCUUCCUAACUGAAUCGGUGGCUGUAUGGGCGCAUUUCUGGAAUUGCUUUUGGUCUGUGGGCAUAGAUUGGCGGGAAGUAUAAGAACAUGAUACCCCGGGGCAGGAUGCGAUUGUGCAUGUCGGAAAGGCGG